AUGUUAAAAAAGUACUCUUCAUUAGCCUAGAUGCAACAAGAGAGUGCCAGAUCUGAUAGAUUUCUGUACGCUUAUCGCAACAAUGUCUAUGAUCUAACACAUUUCGUAGAUGAUCACCCUGGAGGAAGGUUCUCUCUCUAAACAUUCAAGGGCAAAGACUUAGAAAAUAUUCUAUUCAAUGCAUCCAUACACAGACACUAACCCUCAGUGCUCUCCUCCCUAGAGCAAUAUAAAUGUGGUGUAAUUGAAGUCAAAACUCCUCAGGACAACAAACCAAAACCCCAAGCAGCUCAGACAGCCAAAGCCAACCCUCCCUAAAAGAAAGAGCAAAUCAGCAAAAUCUAAUUGACAGACGACAAGACCAAUAAAUCAAAUGUCACAUCACAAUCGAAAAUCAGUAUUUAAUAAAACAGCAAUUUACUGUCUCCUGACUCAAAUCAAAUCAAGAAAUCCAACUUAAAGCAAACCUCAAAAACAAAACCUACCAACAAGGCUGAAAGCAUUAUCGCAGAAUCAACUAAAACUAUUAAAUCAAAAUCAGAUUUAAAUAUUUUAAAUCACUAAAAGUUUUAAGACUCAAACCAAGGUUCGUCCAGUCAAAUUUCCAUUGCAACAAAUCCCAAAAUUUCAUUGCAAUCUCCAUAGGUAAUCCACGAAGAAGAUGAAUCUUAACCCUCCCCAAUAAACAAUGCCGAUAAAUAUGAAUGCGGACUCAUACCAGAAGAUAUUAUCAACUUAAAAGUGCCCAUCCUAAAUUACAAACUUACUGGCUUUCUUAAUCAUAAAAAUCCCCUCAAAAAUUGA